UGAGAGUAACAGACACAUCGGAAGCUACUGCAGUUUGUUUACCAAGGUCUGAGUUACAGCCCAUUGUGACGAUGGCCAGUGGAGGGAGUAGGACUAUGGAGCUGGCAUGUUUGGGCCGUCCAUUCCAGUUGGGGAUGUUGUAUGACUGUCGCUCAGACUCUUUGAUCCCAGGGGUCACACUGUGGGACUUGGACACAUUGAAUAAUAACCUGUAUGAGCAUUCUAAGCACAACACAGAGUUUCACAUCAUUGCGUCAGACUGCAUUGAGGACAAAGCCAAGGCCUUGAAGGUGAUGGGGACAUUGAAGGCAAGCUUGCUGAGUGGAUUGGUUCAGGUGGAUGGUUCUGCAAAGUUCCUUACCGACACAAAGAAAUCUAAGGAACAGGCUCGAGUGACCCUCCAGUAUUCCACAACAACAAAGUAUAAGCAGUUGACAAUGAACCACUUGGGGCGAGGGAAUGUGUCAUACCCCUACGUGUUUGAUCAGGGCACAGCAACCCAUGUGGUCACAGCAGUGCUGUACGGAGCUCAGGCAUUCUUUGUGUUUGAUAGACAAGUCACUUCCUCAGAGAGCCUAACAGAUAUUCAGGGCAUUAUGAAUGGAGUCAUUGAGGCCAUCAAGAAUGUUGGAAUCGCGGGUGAAGGUUCCCUGAAGUUGACAGAAAAUUCAAAUACCCAGAAAUUGACCUGCACAUUUUAUGGCGAUUUUGCUCUUCCGAAGAAUCCCACUACAUUCCAAGAUGCAAUGAAUGUUUACUCAACUCUGCCAAAACUGUUGGGGGAGGAUGGAAAGCAUGCGGUGCCUGUCAAAGUCUGGCUAUACCCACUCAACCAGGUGGACUCAAAGGCAGCUAAGCUUGUAUGUGAUAUCAGUAUAAAUCUGCUCAAUCGCUCACAGGCCAUACUGGAGCAAAUCAAUGAGGUUGAGAUGAAGUGCAAUGAUAUGAUGAAAGAUCAUGUCAGUGUUCAAUUUCCAGAGAUCAAACAAAAGAUCCUGAGGUUCAAAUCAAUGUGCGAGGAGUACAAACUGGAUUUCCAGAAGGCCUUGGCCAGAGUGGUACCAUCUAUUCGGGGAGGUGGGGAGGAGGAAGGGAAACUGGUUGAUAUUCUGAAGACCAUGGAACAAUCACCAUUCAGAAGCCAAUCACUCACUCAAUGGCUGGACGACAAGAACAAGGAAAUGUCUGUGGUCAAUGGUUAUCUCAGAAAAAUGAGUAACAUAAAAAUGGUGAAAUCAUGCAAUGAGUUGAAUUCGGAGACACAGGAUCAGGACACAGAGUAUGUGGUCUGCUUCAUAUUCACAUCGCUGCACCAGGAAGAUUUAAAUCUGUUAGAAAUGGCCAACCACCUUCAAUGUGAAAACAAUGGGCAAACCCAGCUUCAAACAUCAGAUCAGAAGCAAUGGUUUAAUUCAGGGACCGUGUCCCGUGAGAUGAGGGAGCGAGCACAAUUAUUUCUACGAUUUUAUACAGCCAACAAAUUGGACAAAAACAUGAAGUUCAUCGUUGCAUCUGAGCCAGACGAGGAGCAUGUUGGAGCUUCCAUUUACCUGUAUGAAGAAGGAGUUUUGGUGAGCCGUUGCUUCAAGCCUCCAGUUCCCUCAGUUUGUGGAACGACACAUGAAAGUGUAACUCUGCGGUUACAGGCACCAGACCCUGGCAAUGGCGAGUCUGUCAAGUACUGGGUGCAAUAUCGCAGCACCCAGGAGGAGAAAUGGACAACUCCGAAUACUAAGGUGGAAUCGGACUUCUGCACCGUAACUGGUUUAACUCCAUACCAGGAGUAUCAUUUCCAAUACAGAUCAGCAUGCCACCCACCCAGUGAUAGUGUGAGUGUGAUGACACGUCCCAUCAGUGUCCCUGAGAAUGUUUCAAUGUGCCAGGUAGAGGGAUUUGAUGUUCGAGUCUCCUGGGACAGUCCUGCUCAGAUUCAACAUGAGGUCACUGUAGAUCACUACAAGUUGGAGUAUAGAGAAACCAUGAACGACUUCUCCAGCCCUGAACCAGACACAUGGACAAAGCUCAGAACAAAAGGCAGUGAAACUCUUUACAUGUUGGAGCGGCUGAAACCCAACACAUCCUACUCACUGAGAGUAUCUGCUGUGUGUGGACAGGUAGAGAGUGCACCCAGUCACCUGGCCUCAAUAAUAACAGACAAGAAACCAAAGCCACAGGCUCGAAAGCCACUUGAAGGAAGCACAUUAAUUACCGGAAGCCAAACUAUUUACAAACUCCCAUUACAGAUACAGAAACAGAAGAAUGGAGAGAUUAUAAAAUACAGCUUUGGAAACCAUUCACCCACAUACAUUGUGAAGACCAUCUUGCUUCUUGGAGAAAGAGGAUCUGGGAAAACCAGCCUCAUCGAUGCCAUGAUCAACAAUAUCAUUGGUGUGGAAUGGGAGGACACAUUCCGUUACAAACUGACCGAGGAAGAAACAAACAGCUCCCAGGCUGAAUCACCUUUAAUCAUUGUCUAUGAACUCAAUCACCAAGAGGGAUUCAGGAUUCCUUUCUCUCUGAUUAUUGUAGACAUCCCGAGAUUUGGGGACACAGCACAAAAUAAACACAUCCCUGAAUACAUCAGUUAUUAUAAGCUCUCUCAUCGGAUCACAGAUCUCCUUUCUUCCCCAGAGGGUGUAAAACAGAUUGAUGCCUUGUGCCUUGUUGUCCAAGCCUCCAUAGUGCAAUUAACAUCUGAACAGGAAUGUCAAUUUAAUUCAUUUUUUUCCAUUUUUGGCAAAGAUAUUACUGAGAAUGUCCGUGUGCUGGUGAACUUUGCAGAUGAACAGCUUUCUCCUGUUCUCGAGGCUAUCACCCAAUCCGGGUUACCGUGUCCCAAAGAUGACAAUGGACAGCCAGUUCAUUUCAGAUUCAACACCUCAGCCAUAUUCACCCAGACUGUAACCUCUGGAGAAUCCACUAAUAGAAGCACAGAUGAUGGGGGGGAUGAAAUCUUACACAAAAUGUUCUGGAAAAUGGGAUCAAACAGCAUGAAAAGGUUAUUUGCGGCUCUGACCGAGAUGACAACAAAGAGUAUGAAGGAGAUUCUUCAGAGAGCUUCUCUGACUCUGGAUCCGAAUACAGCCCAUCCAAAGCUUAUCCUGUCUGAGGACCGGACACGAGUGCGAUACGGUGAUAAAAAGCAGCAAGUUCCUGACACUCCGGAGAGGUUCAGUCAAUUGUACAGUAUCCUGGGUUCUGUGGGUUUCACAUCAGGAAAACAUUACUGGGAGGUGGGGGUGGGGAACAACACAUACUGGAUUGUGGGGGUGGCCCGAGAGUCUGUGCCCAGGAAGAGUUUAUUCACACCAGGACCUAAGACUGGAGUGUGGGGUGUGGAGCUGUACAAAGGGAAGUAUGAAGCUCUAACCACACCUUAUACCCCACUCUCCCUGAAAACAAGACCCCAGACACUUGGUGUGUACCUGGACUAUCCAGGGGGUCAGUUAUCGCUGUAUGAUGCUGACCACAUGAUUCAUCUCCACACAUUCACCUACAAGUUCACUGAGAGGCUCUAUCCUUACUUCUGCACCGACUGUAAAACUGAGUCACUGUCACUGAUUCACUGAAAGGGUAAGGAGUGUUGCCAUGUGAUGAAAUCAAGUCAAAUGACUUUGUUCAACGGGAACCCUCUGAUAUCCAGGAGUUUCAUGCAGGAAAGUUCUGUACAAAUCAAGAGGGAUGGGGUAUGGAAUGAAACACUGAUGUGGAUGGGGGUAGUUCAUAAUUUGGGGUGUGAACAGUCAAUGAUUUAAGGGUAAGGAUAGUCAAUAAUUUUAAUGUGAGCAAUCAAUGUUUUGUGGUGUGGAUAGUCGACGAUUUGGAGUGUGGAUAGUCGAUGACUUGGGAUGUGGAUAGUUGAUGAUUUGGGUUGAGGUUAAUCAAUAUUUUGGGUUGAGGGUGGUUAAUAAUUUUAUGGCUCCAUCAUACUCCACCUUAAUAAUAUUUUUAUCACAAAAAAGCUUCACAUUUUGUAUUUAAUGAUGUAUAGAAUAAUGCCAACAAAUUGCAUUCAUAAA